AUGCCGCGGCUUUACUUCGACAAGUUCGAGCAAAUUGAUAUCCCCCCCCCCCCCCCCCCCCCCCCCCCCCCCUCUCUCUUAAGCAAGGUGCCCCGCCUAGGAUGCCGCGGCUCGAUUUCGACCCGACCGCGUGGCUGGUCCGGUCCUAGAUUGGUCUCGCGCGCCGACCGCUCUUUUCAGUGGUCCGCGACGAGGAUCGCGACCCCCCCCCCCCCCCACUUCCCCCUUGUAACACGUGGCUGGAAUAAAGUCUGUUGUGCGCGCUUCAUCCGCGCGGGCAAGGGCCGCCUGCUGCUGCACCGCGGCUACACGUUCCGCCUGAAGAACAACCUGGCCCACGGGCGCAAGCAGUGGUACUGCUCGUCGCGGCUGACCUCGCGCUGCCUCGCCGACGUGAACACCGAGGGCCCGGAGGGUUUCGAGCGCAUAGUCCGUUCGCGGUACGCACACAACCACGCGCCGCCCAACGUGCGCCGCUUCGCCGACGGGCGGUACGUGGUGCGCACCCCGCACCAGAGCGGCCACCGCGCCCCCGCCGCCCUCGACCCCCACCACCAGCUGUUGCAGCUGCAACACGCGCUCGCGCUGUACGCGGCGCACGCUGCCACCGCCAACGCGACGGCCACAACGUCGGCCGCCACAAACGUCCCCGCGCAGCACUCGCCCAACUCCAUGCCGGCAGCGCACGCCCCUAAUGCCAAGCCGCUGCUCGUCGACACCCCCUGCAUCGAGGAGGAC